GGCGCACUGCGGGCCAUGGCGGGUUGCGGCGGUGCCGCGCGCGUGGCGGCGCGCGUGGGGCAGGGGGCGCGCGCCGCGGGGAAGGGGCGACCGCUGGGUCCUGAGGCCGCGCUGGGGCUACUGGAGGCCUCGGUUGUGCACCGGGAAGGAGCCCUGCUGGCUCUAAGCAAGCCCACUGAUCUGCCUGUUCUGGGGCACCCCGGGGAGCUGAGCCUGACCGCGCUGCUGCCUGCACUACGCCGACGCCUGGGGCUGCCUGCAGAGCUGCACGUGGUGAAGGCACCUGCCAGGGAAUGCUCCGGCCUCGUGCUGCUGUCUGCCUGCCACCGUGUCACCGAGCAGCUGCAGCGCUCCUUCACUGCCGCCCGACGCAGGGGGCAGUUCCCAGCCACCUACAGCGCUGUCACUGUGAGGGUCCCGGCAGAGGCAGAGGGUGAGAUCCGUGUGGGGCUGUGCUGGCAGCAGAAAGGGGACACAGCUGUGGUGGUGGCAGUGCCAUCCCCAGGACACUGCAGCUUGUCCCGCAGAGAGGUGAAGAGCACCCUGACCCGCUACCGCCUGCUGGGAGCAGCAGGGGGCUGCGCUUUGCUCCAGCUGCAGCCUCGCACGGCUUUCCCCCAGCAGCUCCAGGUGCACCUCGCACUGCUGAUGUGCCCUGCGCUGGGUGACCACAAGCACGCAUCCCGCGUGGGCACAGUGCUUGGGGAGCCUUUCCUGCUGCCCCCCCAAGAGACCACCACACCCCGCACACAGGUGCUGGAUGCAGAGCUGAUGUCCCGGCUGCAGCUGUCCCCACACCACCGCCUGCCCCUGCACCUCCACCUGCAGCAGCUGGUGCUGCCCCACACAGUGCUGUGUGCUCCCCCCCCUCCCCACUUCCUGCGCACCCUACGUCUGCUGGGGCUGCCCUCCCCGCCUCUCCCUCCCCAUUAAAUCUCGGCGUGCCAACAAACAA